AUGGAGUUUCAGAUGAAGAAUUUCAAAUAUCCGGAACGGCAUUCUCUGAUUCACGUAAAUCAUGACUUUAUCGUGCCGGGAGGGCGAUUCAUAGAAUUUUAUUAUUGGGACGCAUACUGGAUCAUAAAAGGUUUACUCAUUAGCGGACUUGAACAGAACGUAUGGAUGAUGAUAGAUAAUUUUGCUCAGUGCGUUAAAAGGUUUGGAUUUGUGCCAAAUGGUGGACGUGUCUAUUACUUGAGACGUUCGCAGCCACCA